UUCGCAUACUUAGGUGACGAAACCUGGAAUGAAAAUUUUUUUCUUGUCAUGUUAGUGCUCCAGCUGAUUCAACCAUGCAGUCAUAACAUUAUUGUGUUGUUAGUUAAGACACUAUAAAAAGGAACUGUGACUGUGAUCAAAUCGUUGAAUGUAACACAAAAGGUUGUUAUCACAGCGACGGCUACGCUGCCGGCCGAUGUGAGCGAUCAUUACCACUGCAGUGUUUGCUGCGAAACGUAGGUACAAUGGCGGCUAACUACGAAAAUAAUCCAGCCAUCGCGAACUUUGUGGAAUAUUUGAAAAUACCUAGUGUUCAACCUGACAUCAAUUAUGAUGACUGUGUAGCAUUUCUGAAAAAGCAGGCUAAUGGACUUAGCCUCGGUGUGAAAGUAUAUGAAUUAGUUCCACGCAAACCCAUAGUUAUUAUAACAUGGCCAGGCAAGGACCAAGCGCUUGGAUCAAUCUUGCUGAAUUCUCAUAUGGAUGUCGUGCCUGUAUUCGAAAACAGUUGGACGUAUCCCCCGUUCAGCGGGCACAUUGACAAAGAUGGAAAGAUUUAUGCUCGUGGCUCUCAAGACAUGAAAUGUGUUGGUAUCCAAUACCUUGAGGCUAUACGGAAACUUAAGGCAGCUGGUGUGCAAUUAAAAAGGACUCUACAUGUUUGUUUUGUGCCUGAUGAAGAAAUUGGAGGUCACGAUGGUAUGGAAAAAUUCGUCGUCACUAAAGAUUUCAAGGACUUGAAUGUGGAAUUCGCUUUAGAUGAAGGAAUGGCAAGCCCUAAUGAAGAUUUUGUACUGUUUAACGGCGAAAGGAGUAUUUGGCAGAUUCACGUUCAUUGCACUGGACAACCUGGCCAUGGAUCAUUAUUGCUUCCUAACACCGCAGGCGAAAAGUUGAGGUUUAUAAUUGACAAAUUCAUGGAUUUGAGAGCUGAACAGAAAAAGAUAUUGGAGAGCAAUCCAAAACUGACCAUUGGUGACGUUACAACGAUCAAUUUGACUCAAAUAUACGGAGGUGUGCAAUCUAAUGUAGUUCCUGAGAAAUUGACUGCAGUUUUUGACAUUCGAUUGGCUGUGACAGUCAACCACGAGGAAUUUGAAGCCAUGAUAAAUAAGUGGUGUAAGGAAGCAGGGGAUGGAGUAACCUUUGAUUUCGAACAGAAAAAUCAUUACGUAGAAGUCACAAAACUGGAUGCAAGCAAUCCCUUCUGGCUGGCUUUCAAAGCUGCUGCUGAUGAGCUAAAACUCAAGCUGGAUUGCAGAAUUUUCCCUGGCGGUACCGACAGUAGAUACGUACGUGACGUUGGAAUACCCGCUCUGGGUUUCUCUCCCAUGAACCAUACACCGGUCCUUCUCCACGAUCACGACGAGUUUCUAAAAGCCGACAUAUUUUUGAAAGGCAUUGAUAUCUACGUUAAGCUUCUUACAGCUGUUGCUAACGUUUAAAUCUAUAAUACGCAUUUUAAAACUAAUAAUAAGCAUGUAUUUAGUACUCUUCCUUCCAUGUUAACUUGGCAAAUAGAGUACUUUUAAAUUAAUUGCAUAAUCCUGUGCAACUUACCACCUGUGCCUUUGUAAGAAAUAUUUUCGUUUAUUUUUUGUCAUUGAUAUAGCUUAGGAAGAAAAAAACGCAAUUAUUAAAGUUAAAUUAAUGAAAUAAGUGUCAUCCAUAUCGACGUAAUUAUAAGUAUUAUCCUAAACGUAAACGUUAGUGAACGUACUGAUUGUACCUAUAAGUGUAUAAUUAUAUUUUUUAAAUGGUA